GAGGAGGCAGCCGGGGCCGCGGCGGGCCAUGGCCGGCGUCCUGCUCGCGCUGCUCGCGCUGUUCUGCGGCUCGCAGCUUUUAAAAGCAUUUGAUUAUUUCUCUCCUUGGAAUGGACAGCAACAGUUGUACAAGCUGGAUGUAGGCUGGCCUAAAAUUCCAGAAUACUUCACUGGUCAGACAUUUUGUGUUGCUGUUGACUCUCUUCAUGGUUUGGUCUAUGUUGCACAAAGAGGAGAAAACAUACCAAAGGUACUUGUGUUCUCAGAGGAAGGCUAUUUUCUUUACUCUUGGAAUGAUACAGUUGAAAUGCCUCAUGGUAUCUUUGUAUUAAACACCGCAACAGAUAGUUCAGUGUGGAUUACAGAUGUUGGAACAGGGAAAUACGGGCACACUGUGAAACAGUAUAGCCCUUCAGGUAAACUUAUGCAAAUCUUGGGCACACCAGGUAAUGCUGGUUCAAGUUUGAAUCCCCUACAGUUUGAUCAGCCAGCGGAAAUCUUUGUAGAGGAAACUGGAGAAAUCUAUGUUGUAGAUGGAGAUGGAGGAAUGAAUAACAGAUUGCUCAAACUGUCCAAAGAUUAUAAAGAGAUAUGGCUGCGUGGACCAAAUGGGACUGGCAUUGGUCAGUUCAAGAUUCCUCACAGUGUUACAAUGGAUUCGUUUGGACGGGUAUGGGUUGCAGACCGAGACAACAAAAGAAUCCAAGUUUUUGAUAAAGUCACAGGGGAGUGGCUGGGGUCUUGGAGCAGCUGUUUUGUGGAAGGUGGUCCAUAUUCUGUCAGAUUUACUGCCAAUGGCAAGUACUUGAUUGUAGCUCAACUAAGUAUCAACCGGUUGUCCAUCUUGGCAGCACCACCUGUUGGCUCUAUUGGGAACUGUGUUGUAGUCAACACAAUCCAGCUGGCAGAUGAAACCAAACCGCACCUUGUGGAUGUAGACAUGAAGAGCGGAGCAAUUUAUGUGGCGGAGAUUGGAGCCCAGCAAGUGCAAAAAUAUGUGCCCUUAAACUGAUGGCUUUCCACAACUACUACAGCACAAGCUGUGUGACAUGUAAGACUUAUGAUCACAUUUUCUCAAGUUUUCUGUAGCUUGUGUUUCCUUAAGAUAAGCACAGAACAUUGUGGUUUGGGAACUCUAUGGCUCACAACUGCCCUGUUCUGCAGUCCUGGAGAAGUACUCGGUGUUGGGCUGUCACUCAGUUUACUGAUGUUAUGAUUGGUUUUCUUUUUGAUACUUGGAUUUGGGAAAUGAAUUUGAUAAGUAUCUUAAUUUUAUGUUAUAAAUUUUUAUAAACACAGCUGCUGUUCUUCAGUGUCUAGAAUUUCAUCUUGAAAUUCCUGUACCCAUCCUGCAUGCGUUGCAGAACAAGCUGAGAGAAGUGAUCUAAAUAGUUGAUUUUCUAGGAGCCAAACACCUCAUUUUAAUGUUUCUUCAUAUUUUUUGGAUUUUUGUGCUAACAUGGUUCAACGCUGAAUACAAUGUGAUGUUAUGGUGUUGAAUAAGAUGCUGCUGAAUAUUGAUCUCGGUGUUGACACUGGUGUUUGGUUUCGGUGAUUAACGACAUCAGCACUGAAGUCAAAGUUUUUAGCCCUUGCUAAAGCAGUCAAGUUUGUAACAGGUUUAAGUCAAAUUGGUAUCAGGCACUUCAAACUAAAUUAAAAGUGUAUGCACAGCAGCCAAGUGCUGAUUCUUAACUAUAUUAAUUCUUGACCUGACUUGAUUUAUAUCAGAAUGAGUUUUCUGUUCCCCAGGAUUUCAUAAUGCAACAUUCUGAAGUUCAAGUCAUUUAAAUUCCUCAAGAUAAACAAAUCAUAAUUUGCUAGGAAACUCCUAUUCAGCAUCAGGAACCUAGAAACUUGUAAUGUUUCUGUAAUCUUAGUGACUUGAUGCUCAAUCGGUUAACAGGAACGUAUCUGUCACUUUGGUUUGAGGAAGUUUAGCUGCUUUACUUUCUAUCCUUAAAUUUCCCCUGCCCUCUCAAAAACAAAUUCAUUAUUGUCUUGCAUAAGUUUCUUCUUUUGAAGGAACUUACCUCAGUAUCUUGCAGAAAUCUCCAAGCUCUGUUCUGAAAAGAUACUGUCCAGCUCAUUUUCAGAUUUUGUGCAUUUGCAGUGGUUUCUUUACAUACAAUUCAGAACCCAGAUUGCACAAUCACUUUGCUUUCCUUAGUAUGAAUACUGGUUCAGAGGUCUCCUUCCAUGCCCAGUCCAGGGUGAUUCCAGUUUUUUAACAUGUUGCUAGAUGUUUUUAAGUUUGUUCAUUCCACAGCAUAGUGGGAAAUGGACAUAGAAAAGGGGGGUGGGCAUGGUAGGCUAGACUGAGACAAAAAUGACGUUUAUGGUGGAUAACUGAGUUCAUCUCUAAAGCUGUGGACCCGCAUUCCUUGUCCAUCUACUUGCAACGAAACCUUUUUGAAACAUUUUGGGUGAUUUUUAUGUUUCCACACAGUUACUCUGCUUCAGGGACUAUUUCAAAUGCUAGUUGCAGGUUAGGAGGCAUUUUUUUUCCCACUUCCUUAGAUAGGGGUGUGGGAAAUAGAAUUUGAUGGGAAAUACCACUUCAUAGAAUGUCAUCAAAAGCAUCUUAAUUUGGUGAGUUUCAACAUGUGAUCUACAAAUUUUUUGAUCAGAGACAGGAAAGCUAACCAGGAAAACCAGGUUCGUAUAUGUUAUGGGAAGUAACUCAGCUGUGGAGCUUGAUAUCUCGAUUUUGGUGCUAUUUCAGAUUGAAUCAGUAGUUACAAAUGCUUUGCUUUUGGUUAUAUCCACAGUAACAGAAGUAGAUCUAACCUGGCUGCCCCCAUACCAACCUGAGAACAGGGAGUUCAGGGUUAUACACUACCAGAUAUGAUCCAUCAUUCAUGUGGUGCUUGAUGGGAGCUUGUAAGUCAUAUUUAUUAGUUGAAGAGGUGGCAGUACUUCCUCUAGACCUAGGUGGGUAGGUCCAAAUAGUUUUGCAAUAUGUUGUGUGGAUUUCCCAACUAAGUCUUUACUAGCUCAGGGAUCUCUGCUAUGUGUGCCGUGUAGCUAUUUCCUACCUACAUGAGGGGAAUUAAUAUUAUGGUAAUAUUUUUAAAAAUAAUAUAUUUGAGCAUAUCUUGGUGGUAUAAGGGAUCCACACUCUCCCACUCUUCCUGAACACCUCUCCUCUUUAUUUAUUUGCUCUUUGUCGCAUCCAUUUAAAACAGAGCUAGAUACACUCUCUGGAAAAUGCUUCUCUGUCCAGUAAAGGAAUAGUGUAGUUUUUGGAUGUUGACAAGUAACUUAUCUAUAUGAGUCUGAUGCAUGGAUCUGUUCUCAACUUGCUUUUUCUACUUCUGCAGCCCAUAAAGGUGGGGAGUAUUCACCCGAUUGCGUGACUUCACUGAAGUAGGCUAUGGUGCCAAAAUAUCUGUAUUACAUCUAGCUAGGCAUUGGGUAUCUCUGAUAAGAAAGAGUGUUCAUUAGUGACUAGUAUGAGAUGGUCAGACUCCUUUUCACCUCUAUGUAUAUGAGCACAGUGAGAAAUUGAUCAAUUUGUGCAUUUAUUUGCUAAUUUUAUGAGAAUUUUUUUAUGUAUCAUCUUGAAACUGAUCUCUGGAAAAUUACAUUUUAGGAUAAUUUGGUAAAAUAAAUCUAGAAUUUCUCAUUGUGAAA